GAUAAUUAGAAAAUUUUAAUUUUAUUUUUACAUAACGCGAAAAAAUAAAUAAAAACGUUAUAUUUCUAGGAUAAUACGUCAUCAAAUAUGGUGUGACGUCACAACACCCGGUGUGAUCGUGAUUCAGAUUUGCUUUAUAGUGUUUUCUCUGAUUGUGCUUGAUUUAAAGUUUGUAACAUGAUAAAAUUGAAUUGUAGUAGAUCUAAUCCUCCGCUGAGUAUCGUAAUUGCUGUGGAAUUCGUGCAACCCGAUCUGAAGCUGAAGAUAGAAUGGACAGAAUCGACACAUCUGGAAACCAAAAAUGGUCCUAGUUUCUCGGAUUCCAAUUCAAUUUUACGAUAUUUAAGUCGUCUAGAACCCAAGAAAUAUCUCUAUGGUAAAACAUUAUUGGAGAGAACAGAAGUUGAUCAUUAGUUAUCAUUUUGAAUCAGUAAUUUAAAAGAACCGCCUCAAUAUGAAACCAUUAUAAUUUAUUUGGAUAAAAUCCUCUCUUCUGUUACUUACUUAGUAGGUCAGGCUAUUUCAUUAGCAGAUUUAGCUAUUUGGAGUGAACUGUAUAAAAAUAUAAAGUGGCAUGGUGCUCUGAAUGGCGGUAAUGCCCCUGUAAAUGUUUCCAGAUGGUAUAAUUAUAUAUCAAGUCUUCAGCAAGUCGUUUUGUCUUUACGAAAUCUUCCGCCCGACGUUUGCAAGAAUUUAAAAGUAGUGGAAAUGGGUAAAAAAGAUAAAGAAUCGUCGCAAAGCAAAUCUCUACCUAAGGAAGAAGGAAAAUUCGUAGAUUUACCUGGCGCGGAAAUGGGUAAAGUAGUUGUACGGUUCCCUCCUGAAGCCAGUGGAUAUUUACAUAUUGGUCACGCCAAGGCGGCUUUGUUAAAUCAGUAUUAUCAGCAGAGUUUUAAAGGAAAGUUAAUUAUGCGAUUUGAUGACACAAAUCCAGCUAAAGAAAAAGAAGAUUUUGAGAAAGUCAUUUUAGAAGAUGUUGAAUUACUUCAAAUUAAACCAGAUAGAUUUUCUUAUACUUCUGAUUAUUUUGAAUUAAUACUUUCAAAAUGUGAAGAACUCAUAAAAAAUGGAAAAGCUUAUGUCGAUGACACGGAUCCAGAAAUAAUGAAGAUGGAGAGAGAACAAAGAAAAGAAUCAAGAUGCAGAAAUAAUACUGUUGAAAGCAACUUAAAAAUGUGGGAAGAAAUGAAGAAAGGUACGGAAUAUGGUCAACGUUGUUGUGUUAGAGCAAAAAUUGACAUGACUUCGGAUAAUGGCUGCAUGCGAGACCCCACAUUAUUUCGAUGCAAGAAUGAAAUUCAUCCACGCACUGGAAACAAAUAUAAAGUCUAUCCUACUUAUGAUUUUGCAUGUCCUAUUGUAGAUAGCAUAGAAGAUGUCACUCAUGCUCUCAGAACUACAGAAUAUCAUGACAGAGAUGAUCAAUAUUUUUGGAUCAUAAAUGCUCUUGGAUUACGAAAACCACAUAUUUAUGAGUAUUCUCGUCUUAAUAUGAUGAACACUGUUCUCUCUAAAAGGAAGCUUACAUGGUUUGUUGAGAAUAAAAUUGUAGAAAGCUGGGAAGAUCCACGAAUGCCAACUGUAAGAGGUGUUUUAAGAAGAGGAAUGACUGUAGAAGGUCUGAAACAGUUUAUUGUUGCACAGGGUUCUUCACGUUCUGUGGUAGUAAUGGAUUGGGACAAAAUAUGGGCCUUUAAUAAAAAAGUAAUUGAUCCUAUUGCACCAAGAUAUUCAGCUGUUGAAAAGAAUGGAGCAGUAGAAGUAAUUGUAGAUGGUAUAACUAAAGAAGAGCCAUUAACUGUAGCAAAACAUCCAAAAAAUCCUGAAAUUGGUACAAAAACUAUUUGGAUUGGAUCAAAAUUACUAAUUGACAAAUCUGAUGCUGAAGCAAUGAAAGAAGGAGAAAAUGUGACUUUUAUAAAUUGGGGUAAUUUAUUGAUUAAAUCUAUUGAAAAAGAUGCAAAGGGAAUAAAGAGAAUUAAAGCUGAACAAAACUUAGAAAAUAAAGAUUAUAAAAAGACAUUAAAAGUGACAUGGGUUGCAGAAACUGAAGAAGUAUCAUUAGUUCCCUGUGUGUGCAUUUAUUUUGACCACAUAAUUUCUAAACCAAUUUUAGGAAAAGAUGAAGAUUUCAAAAAUUAUGUUGCAGAAAAUACUAGAAUAGAGGUGAAUAUGUUAGGUGAUGCUGAACUUUCCACUUUAAAAAAAUCUGAUAUAAUUCAGUUACAGAGAAAAGGAUUUUUUAUAUGUGAUCAACCUUAUGAUCCAAGUACAAUACGUCAUAUUGGACGAGAAAGUCCUUUAGUAUUGAUUUCAAUUCCAGAUGGUUCCAAGGAUACAAAUAUUCUUCCAAAAGAAGUAAUCCAAAAGAGAGGUAAAACUGAAAGUGAAAAAGAACAAUUGCAGAGAUCAAAAGGAAAAUCAGCUGAAAAGUCUCCACAAGAUGAACCAAAAGUUACAAUAAGCCAGAUUUCUGUAGAAGAGUUGAAUGAACAAAUUAAGCAACAAGGAAACUUAGUAAGAUCUAUGAAAUCUGAGAAAAUGGAUAAAGACAAAAUUAGCAAAGAGGUAGAUCAUCUAUUAAAAUUGAAAUCACAGUAUAAAAAUCUUACUGGUAAAGAAUGGAAACCAUCAAAUAAUGAUCAAAAUAAAACUCAAGUAAAAAAUAUUGCAGAACAAACAAAUCAUGAUGAAACUGAACUCAAUAAUCAAAUUUUAUCCCAAGGAGACAAAAUUAGAAAAAUGAAAGCAGAUAAAACAGACAAAAGUAUUUUAGAUCCAGAAAUUAAACUGUUAUUAAGUUUGAAAGCUUCUUAUAAAGCUCUUACUGGAAAAGAGUGGAAGCCACAUACUGCAGAUCAAGCAAAAAAUGAAAAACAAGAUAAAAGUGAACAAAAAGAUGCAUCACAACUUUCUGAAAAUGAAUUGAAUAAUCAAAUAAAAUUACAGGGAGACAAAAUUAGAAAAAUGAAGUCUGAAAAACAAAGCAAAGAUGUUCUUGAUCCAGAAAUUAAACUACUAUUAAAUUUAAAAGAAAAAUUCAAAGCACUUACUGGUAAAGAGUGGAAACCGAUAAAUCAGAACCCAAGUCAAACUAAAAAUGCCAAUACAACAGAAAAUACUGCUGUUAAUUUAAAUGUGAAUAGUAAGGAACAGGGAGAAAAAAGUAUAAAGAACAAAGAUACUAUAUUUGAAAAAUCUGUAGAAGGGAAUAAAAGAACUGAUGUUAGUCACCCUGCAGCAAUCGAAUUAAAAAAUAAAAUUGAUACUCAAGGAGAAAAAGUCAAGAAUUUAAAAAAUAGUAAAGCUGCUAAAUCUGAAAUAGAUGCUGAAGUUGCAGUUUUAUUAAAAUUAAAAUCGGAAUAUCAAAAUCUCACUGGAGAAGAUUUAAUUAACAGUAAUAAAAAGAAAGAGAGAAAAUCACCAACAAAAGAUAAACAUACAAAUAUUAAAGAAAAAUCCUUAAAAGAAACUGUUCAAGAUGAAGAAAUGAAAAGUUCAGCUCUGAAAAAGAUUACUCGUCUUGGUCUAGAAGCAAAAAGAGAAGAGAACCUUGCUGAUUGGUAUUCGCAAAUUAUCACAAAAGCGGAAUUAAUUGAAUAUUAUGAUGUGAGCGGUUGUUAUAUUUUGAGACCUUGGGCCUUUGCUAUUUGGGAGAAUAUCAAAGAAUAUUUUGAUGGCAGAAUUAAAAAACUUGGAGUUCAGAAUUGUUAUUUUCCCAUAUUUGUUUCCUCACAUGCUCUAGAAAAAGAAAAAACACACAUUGCAGAUUUUGCACCAGAAGUUGCAUGGGUAACAAAGUCAGGAGAUAGUGAUUUGGCCGAACCUAUAGCUAUCCGACCAACUAGUGAAACUGUCAUGUAUCCAUCUUAUGCAAAGUGGAUUAAAUCUCACAGAGACCUUCCUCUUCAACUAAAUCAGUGGUGUAAUAUUGUUCGAUGGGAAUUUAAACAUCCUCAGCCAUUUUUACGUACCAGGGAGAUUUUAUGGCAAGAAGGACAUUCAGCCUUUGCAACUGAAAAAGAAGCAAUUGAAGAGGUCCACACCAUUCUAGAGAUGUAUGCUGAUGUUUAUGAGAAACUUCUUGCUAUUCCCGUCAUUCGUGGAAAGAAAACAGAAAAAGAAAAAUUUGCUGGAGGAGAUUUUACAACAACUGUAGAAGCAUAUAUAUCUGCCAGUGGAAGAGCCAUUCAGGGUGGUACUUCUCAUUUUCUUGGUCAGAAUUUCUCAAAAAUGUUUGAAAUAACUUUUGAAGAUCCUGAAACUAAUGAAAAGAAAUUUGUGUAUCAGAAUUCCUGGGGACUUACAACUCGUACAAUUGGUGUCAUGAUUAUGAUUCAUGGUGAUAACAAGGGUUUAGUUCUUCCUCCCAGAAUUGCAGCUUUUCAAAUAGUGAUUGUUCCAUGUGGUAUAACUGCUAAUCUUGGCGAAGAAGAUAAAUUUGAUUUAAUAAAUAAAUGUAAGGAUCUGGAAGAAAAGUUGUCGUCAUCAGGAAUUAGAGUUAAAGGUGAUUAUCGUGAAAAUUAUUCUCCUGGUUGGAAGUACAAUCAUUGGGAGUUAAAAGGUGUGCCAAUAAGAAUUGAACUAGGUCCAAGAGAUGUUAAACAAAAGCAGUUUGUGGCAGUGUGCCGAAAUACUGGAGAUAAAAUUACUGUAUCACUAGAAAAUGCAGUUGAUAAGAUAAAAUCACUUCUGGAAGAGAUACAGUCUGAUCUUUUUAACAGAGCAAAGAAAGAUUUAGAAGAUCAUCUCACUGUUGCUUAUCAAUGGGAUGAAUUCUUACAUAAAUUAGACAAUAAAUGUAUCAUUCAAAGUCCAUUCUGUGGUGAAAUUAAUUGUGAAGAUAAUAUUAAAAAAGAUAGUGCCAAAGAUGCUGAUAUGCACCAAGAUGCCGGAACACCUUCCAUGGGUGCAAAAAGUCUCUGUAUACCAUUUAACCAACCAGGUUUGUUAGAUUUUAAUACAAAAUGUAUUUACCCGCAUUGCAGAAAUCCGGCAAAAUAUUAUACUUUAUUUGGCCGCAGUUACUAAUUUAUCUCAAUGUUGCUAAAUGUGACAAAUAAAUGGAAAUAAGUAUUCAUAUAUUUUUUAUUUGUUUA